UUUUCGUUACCUAUGCACCCUACUGCUCCCUUGCUUUUUCAAUCCCUUGCCCGUCGUCCGUUGCCCUAAUCGGUCCAAAUUUCUCUGGACAAAAUUUUUCUCUCCAUUUUUUCUUUUUUGCUUCUUUCGCACGUUUUAUGGGGGUGGAUAAACCAGAACCUAGAAGUGAAUAAUCAUUAAUCAAAUUGAGUACUUCCCGAACUGAUUGUUGAAAUUGGGAGUCGGACGAGGUGCGAAAGCGAGAAUGGGCUGGGGUCACCUGGGAAGAACUGAGCAUUCCAACUCGGGUGAGCCGAGUACCAGUGCCGACGCUGCUCCCUCCAACACCGAACCAUCUAUACCUCGGCGAUUCCCCAGGGCGGCUCAGCCUGAGAUCAUGAGAGCGGCUGAGAAGGAUGAUCAGUAUGCCUCUUUCGUCUAUGAAGCUUGUCGCGAUGCCUUCCGUCACCUCUUUGGUACUAGAGUUGCGGUUACCUAUCAAAGUGAGACAAAAUUAUUGGGACAGAUGCUUUACUAUGUGAUGACAACAGGUUCAGGACAACAGACGCUCGGAGAGGAAUACUGUGACAUCACUCAGGUUGGAGGACCUUAUGGACUUCCUCCUACUCCUGCAAGGCGUGCCCUUUUUAUUGUAUACCAGACAGCUGUUCCAUAUAUUGCCGAACGAAUUAGUUCUAGAAUUGCAUCCCGAGGAAUUGUCCUUGCUGAUUCACAAUCUGUGGAGACCUAUAGCGAAAAUGCUACCAUUAGGAGUAGUGAAUUUCAAACUUCUGAUGUGAGUGAACUUCCCUCUUCCACGUCAGGGCAAUCUCCUGCAACUCUGACAAGGUUGAAGGAGAAGCUGAGAGGAUUUUGGUUGCAUGUAGUUCGGAGAUGGCCUACGAUGCUUCCUAUGGUUCGUGAGUUGUUGCAGCUGGUUCUGCGGGCUAAUCUUAUGUUCUUCUAUUUUGAAGGUCUCUAUUAUCAUAUAUCAAAACGUGCUGCAGGAAUUCGAUAUGUCUUCAUUGGAAAAUCAUCAAAUCAAAGGCCCAGAUACCAAAUUCUGGGUGUAUUUCUAUUGAUUCAGCUUUGUAUAAUUGCUGCUGAAGGGCUUCGUCGAAGCCAUUUAUCUUCAAUUGCAAGUUCAGUUCAUCAGACAUCCUUUGGGACGCCCCAGAGAUUUGCAGGACGAGGUUUGCCUGUUUUAAAUGAAGAGGGUCUUCCAGCAUCAUCAGAUACAGACAAAGGAAAUUGGUUAUCCGACACUACAAAUUCUGAGUCCCAAGCAAUUAGUGGAGUGAGCAAAUGCACGCUCUGCCUGAGUAAUCGGCAACACCCAACAGCCACUUCCUGUGGCCAUGUAUUUUGCUGGAACUGUAUAACGGAAUGGUGCAACGAAAAGCCAGAAUGCCCUCUUUGCCGCACCCCCUUAACGCACUCAAGUCUAGUGUGCUUGUAUCAUUCAGACUUCUAGAAUCUGCUUCUUGUCAGCAAAGGCCCUAAUCCGCUAUUUAUUAUCGAUAAGGGAGGAAUCGAAGGAUAUUUUUUCCUUGCAUAGUCAAAUAUUACGAUUGAAGGACGAGCAUUUGUUGUAGGCAUCCUCUAAAGCCAGAGGAUGACUUUACCAAAAUUGGUGAAAUCCCACAAUCUAGUAAUCCAACUAGUUUACUUGUGCCA